AUUAAGUGAAAAAUAAACACCAUUUACCGAUUAGCAAAUGAUAUAAUUCUACUUAAUUUUAUAGAUUAAAGUGGAAUCUAUUUUACUCAUAUCAAAUAGCCGGAGUCUCUCUCUCUCUCACAGUCUUGUAUAUGAGCACAAAUUCUAGAAAUUAUGAAUCAUAUUUAUUAUAUCCAAGUUUACAUUCAAAUCAAAAGGUGAAUGUUUCAGUGCAUCAAACGUGUUCAAACAUUACAGAUCCAUUUAGAAGUAACAAUAAUAAUUACAAUCAUCAAAUAAAUUUAUUAAAUAUGUCAUAUGUGAAUUCAAUAUUGUCACCAUCUCAACGUACCUAUUUAACUCAACAAUCUUCAUUCAGUCCUACAUCUAUUAUUAACAAUAACAAUUUAAGUAUACUUAAUGUACCUAUCACUUCAUAUAAUACUAAAACAUUAUACAAAGAUGAUACAAUACAUACUUCUGUUAGCAACAAUAAUGUAAAUUCAAGAAAAACGGAGACAAUUUUAUGUUUAAAACGUUUAUUCACCUUUUUAUUAUCACAUGUUGGUUUAGCUAUUCUAGUUAUUAUUUAUACCAUAAUAGGUGGUUCAAUCUUUUAUGCUGUAGAACGGGAACAUGAAUCACAAAUAAAACUUAAAAUGUUUGAAAAACGUACCAUUUUAAUUAAAGAUUUAAUAUUAGAAUGGAGAAAUUCACAAUUAGAAUUAUUCCAUACAAUAUUAAAUCAUGUAAAUAUCAUUCAACAAUUUGAACAAACAAAUUUUGGUAAAAAAUUCAAUAUUCAUUCAAAUUUAUAUGAUUCUAUUGAACAUUUAACUAAAAUAAAUAAUCAUAAUAAUAAACAAUAUUUAACAAAUCUAUUAAAAGAUGAACAAAAACAACAAUUAUAUGGUUUAUCAUGGUAUUUAUCAACAUUAGGAUGGCCAAAAAGAAUAUUACCACAAUGGUGGUUUUAUAAAAAUUAUACUCAUAUUAAUAUACAAAAAGAAAUCGAAUUACCUAGUAACACAAUAACAGACAAAUUACUCAAUAAAACAUCAGACAAUUCAUCUUCUAUAUUGAUCAAUUCUAUGAAUAAUUCAAAUGAAUAUAAUAUAACUACCUCAUCUUUAUUGAAUGUAACCAAUUCAAUAAAAUCGAUAAAUAAUGGGACACAAUUACCAAUAUCAAUACCUAAUAAUAAUAAUAAUAAUAAUAAUAAUAAUAAUAAUAAUAAUAAUAAUAAUAAUAAUACAUUCAAUUUACAAUUCAAAAAUGAUACACAAAUAGAUCAUCUAUAUUUUUCUAAAAAUUUAAUUAAUUCAUUACCAAAACAUAUUAUACUACUUACAAAAUUAGAUGAUAUAUUACCAAUUAUAUUAAAUAAAAGUUAUCAAAUUGAAAAUAAUUUACAAUAUAAAUUAGCUAAAUAUGUUGAACAAAUUAUAAUCGCUAUAAAAGAUGAAGGAUGGAAUGGUUCAGAGCAUACAGAUGAUUUUAAUUGGACAUUUGAAGGAAGUAUUUUAUUUGCUGUCACUAUUAUAACAACAAUAGGCUAUGGACAUGUAACACCUCAUACACGAUUAGGUAAAUUUCUUACAAUGAUGUAUGCUGUAUUUGGUAUACCAUUAUUUUUUUGUUAUCUUUCAAAUAGUGGUAAUUAUAUGGCAUCAUUAUUUCAAGUUUUCUAUAUACGUAUUUGUCAACCAGCAAUUAUACAGUUUAAAAAGUGUAUCAAAAAGUGUUUUAAUCAAUUAACUCAUAGAAAAGUUACUCAACAAUUAAAAUUAUCAAAAAACAAUGAUAUUUUAAUAUAUGAAAGAAAGAAUUCAAGAUUAUCAUCAUCAAAUCCAAUAAAAUAUAAAAGAUAUAAAAGAACACAAACUAAUACUACUCACAAUCAUUCUAAUAGUAGUAGAAUUAGUAGUAAUGACAAUAAUAACCAUUUAUAUCAUACUUAUCAUAGUCAUAGCUAUGCUAAUUACAAUCCUAAUGAUCAGUUGAAUUUAAAAAAUAUUGAACGAUCAAAUUUAGCAUGGAGUGAUAAACAAUCCCAAACUUCUUCAUCAAGAUUAUCAUCAUAUAAACCAGAUUAUUUAAUGGAAACUAUACCAUCUACAACUUCUUAUAUAAAUACAAAAAAUUAUUCAACCCAAAGAUUUAACAUAAAUGAUAUAUACUCACUAAGUCCAUAUUUACAACAACAACAACAACAACAUACACCACUGGAAAGUUUUGACUUGUCAAAUUAUUAUUUAAAUACAACUCGUUCAAUCAAUGAUCAAUCAUUCAAUGAAUCAAUAAAUACUUCGAAUAACCUUGAAUUACUUUCAUCAAUGAAUGUGAUAAAUAUAGAUCAUCAAUUAAAACAACAACAACACCAACACCAACAACAAAUACGACAAAGUGAUUUAGAUAUAGGUCAUUCUGCAACAAAUGAAUCGAAUAAAUCAUCAAAUGAAACAUUAAAAACAGUUCCAAUAUCAUUAACUAUACUUAUGAUGACUGUUUAUAUAUUAUUAGGCGCUACUGUAUUUUGUUUAUGGGAAUCAACAGAUUAUUUAAAAUGGUCAUAUUUUUGUUUUGUAACAUUAUCAACAAUUGGAUUUGGUGAUAUUGUACCAGGUACAAAGAUUGAUUCACAAAAUCCAAAAGAAAAGAUGAUUGCUUUAGCAGUCUAUGUAGCUCUUGGUCUAUCUUUAUUUGCAAUGUGUUUCAAUUUAAUGGAAGAAGAGGUUACAGCAAAAAUGAAAAGAAUAGGACGACGUAUAGGUGUUACAAAAUCUAAAAAAAAGAAAUCAAAAUCUUAG